AUGGUUUACACGAUAACAGUGCCAGAGGGCUAUGGCUACGUCGUGCUGAUUGCACUCGGCUUGACGCCAAUUCUGUCCUUCGCGCAAGGCAUCCUCGUUUCGACGUUCCGCAAACCCGCUGGCGUGGCAUAUCCGAAUGCCUAUGCCACACCACAACAAAUGAAGGCAUUACCAGUAGCCUACCGUUUCAAUUGCGCUCAACGAGCGCAUGCCAACCUACUCGAGAACAUGCCACAAUCCAUGCUGUGCAUGCUCUUUUGUGGGCUUUUCCACCCUCGAGCAACUCUUUGGUUGGGUGGUAUCUGGCUCCUCGGUAGAAUCCUCUACGCUUACGGUUACGUGUAUGGUAGCGGUCAGGAUGAGCAGGGAAAGGGUAAAGGUCGGACGAUUGGUGGUGCCUUCUGGAUUGGGCAGUUCGCCUUGAUAGGCUUGUCGAUCUACGUUGCUAUGGGCUUGCUCUGA